UUAGGAUUGUACUUAUUAGUUGUGAUCGUGGUGUACGUUACUGCAGCUCGUGUUCUUUAAGUAUAAUGGCCACUCAUGAGCGAUUAUCUUUAAAACCUAUUGUGUCUAGUACAAGGAUCAUAUUCGGACUGCUACCAGGACUCGGAGUUAUGAUACUGCUUCGUAUGGUAAUUCAUCUGUAUCGACCAGAUAUUGAAGAUGCUGAGAAUCGCGUCAGAGAUCAUUCAUUUGAUGAACUUUACGAAUAUUACGACUUCAUUAUAAUAGGCGCUGGUUCUGCGGGAUCAGUAAUGGCCAGUCGGCUAUCAGAAAAUCCGGAAUGGAAUAUACUUUUACUUGAGGCAGGGCAAGAUGAAAAUGUGUUAUCUGAUGUGCCGAUAUUGUUUCCAGCUCUGCAAACAUCUUCAAUAGAUUGGCAGUUUGUAACAGAACCCAGCAAUGAUUAUUGUUUAAGCAUGGUAGAUGCCAGAUGUAAAUGGCCACGGGGUAAAGUGUUAGGUGGAUCGAGUUCAUUAAAUGCAAUGCUAUACAUUAGAGGAAAUAAAAAAGACUACGAUAAUUGGGAAAAUUUAGGUAACGAAGGAUGGGCUUACAGAAAUAUCUUGAAAUACUUUCUUAAAGCAGAAAAUAUGCGAAUCCCUGAGUACCAAUACGAUCCAUACCAUUCAACGGGAGGUCCCAUAUCUGUCGAAUAUUUCAGAUUCGAGCAACCUAUUACAAACAUAAUUUUACAAGCUAGUCAGCAACUUGGCUAUAAUAUUGUAGACGUAAAUGGUAAACUUCAAACCGGAUUUACAAGAUCUCAUGCUACUCUGCAUGAUGGAUUAAGGUGUAGUACAGCAAAAGGUUAUCUGCGAUCUGCGUCAAAAAGACGUAAUCUUCACGUAAGCGUUCAUUCAUUAGUAGAAAAAAUUUUAAUAGAUGAAUACAAGAAGGCGUAUGGAAUUAUAUUUAAGAAAAAUGGGAAAUCAAGAAUAAUAAAAUCUACAAAAGAAGUUAUUUUAUCUGCAGGAGCUAUUCAAUCUCCACAACUUUUAAUGCUGUCCGGUGUUGGAAAUAUUGAACAUUUAAAAGAGGUUGGUAUAUACCCAGUAGCCCAUUUACCUGGCGUUGGUCAAAACCUUCAGGAUCACAUUGCUAUGGGUGGACAUUCAUUUUUAUUUGACAAUCCAUAUAGUAACGGUACAGAUUACAGUUUUAAUUUGAACAGUAUUAUGUCUAUUGGCAGUUUAAUUGAUUUUGCAAUAAAUAAGAACGGACCCUUAUAUAGUAUGAUGGAAGCUGAAGCUAUGGGUUUUGUUAACUCAAAAUAUCAAGACCCUGCUGAGGAUUAUCCUGAUAUUCAAUUUUUUAUUGCACCUAGUGCGGAUAAUAUGGAUGGAGGUAUAUUUGGAAAGCGUGCUAAUGGUCUCACAGAUGAAACUUAUGCCGAGUUGUAUGAGGAUAUUUUAUAUAAACCUUCAUUUUCCAUUGUACCAUUACUUCUUCGACCUAAAAGCAGAGGAUAUUUGAAACUUCGAGAUGCAAAUCCCUACUCACCUCCACUUAUUUAUCCAAACUACUAUGCAGAUCCGGAUGAUAUGCUUAGAAUGAUAGAUGGCGCCAGGAUUGCUCAGAAUUUAGUAGAUCAGCCCGCUCUACGAGAAUUGAACGCCCGACCAAAUCCUAAUCGCAACCCUGGUUGUUUAAAACACCACCUGAUGUCCAAUGAGCAUCUUGAAUGUCAAGCCCGGCAUCAUUCAUUGACAAUUUAUCAUCCCGUGGGCACAUGUGCUAUGGGACCAGCCAACGAUUAUAAUGCAGUAGUCGAUUCCAGGUUGCGAGUAUACGGUAUUGGAAACUUGAGAGUGAUUGAUGGCAGCAUCAUGCCGACAAUAGUCAGUGGUAAUACUAAUGCUCCCAUAAUAAUGAUAGCCGAAAAAGCAUCUGAUAUGAUUAAAACUGACUGGGCUGUAGCUUCGAAUUAUUUAUCUAAGUAUCAAUCUAACGGUGCAAUUAAUAUGAAAUACAUGGAACUUAGAAAUGUACAGGACGUCGCGUCGAAGCUUGAUGUAUUUACAGAAGUAACAAGCCUGUUCCCCCAUUUAUCUAAAAACCUUACUCUAAAAUAUAAUAACUCAAAACACGAAACAAAACCAUUACAUAAAAGCGAAAAAAGCAAAAACAGUAGUUUUGAUAAAGAUGUGAGGACACCAAUAAAAAGCUAUGCUACCCCACUCUUUAACAAUUUUAUACCUCCUGAUUACUAUAAUACUCGUAAUAGUGCCGGAAGCGCAUUAUUUAAACCGUAUCCUUAUAAUCAUUAUCGAACGGAUAAAUCAAGUCUUACUGAUUUUCCCGAUUCGAAGCAAAAUAUCUUAAAUCUUUUAGCUUUUCCCUCUUACGCAAGUUCAAAAUAUAGUACGCACAAUACAAAUAAUGAAGGAUUUUAUGGAGCAUGGAGUCCAGAGGGGAAUAAUCAAAACAAUGAAAAAAGUCAUAAUGAAAAACAAACAAACAGUUAUUAUACAAAAGAUAGAUCAAUUCAAAAUGAAGGCAGAGAAUGUCAACUAUGGUUAUAUUACAAUGGGGUAAAAUAUCAAAUAGAAAUAUAGCCUAAAUAUAUCAAUAUAUCUCACGUGUUAGAACAUAAGAAUAACAGGUACCUUUUAAAAAUAUUUAAACUAUUAUAAUAAU